UUGCCAUAAUAUUAGGUAAACGUGAAGCAAUAAUCAAGGGAACUCCAAAGAAAUAUGCAGAAAUAUAUUCAGCAUGUUGGCAAGGAAAGCCAGAUCUCCGUCCUCAUAUUCAUGAAGUUAUGCAGGAUUUGGACAGUGUAGAUAUAACUAACACUAUUGAAGAUAUUGUUAAUUUAACUCAAACUAAUCAUGAAUUACAAAUUGAUGGUUUAAAUAACCAUUUAAAGGAGGAUAAAUUACAAAAUGAUUUAUUAUAUUCAAUGGAACUUCUGUUAUCUGCAUGA